UGAUCAGUUGAUAAAUAUAAACAAAAACAAAAAGUUCACAAAUUUAAAUUUUGUCAUUUAAAAAUGCAUACUAGCCAAACAAUAAAGCUACUAAACAUUAAAGAGGAAAUGUGCCUCGGCUGUAAUUGCAUGACACGAUUUCUAUCUAACUUGUUUAGAGUCUGAUAAAACGUUUAGAAACUAUCAAAUUUGUGAUGAAGAGUUGAUUUCUACAGAAGUCGAAAGCGGAAAAUAUAGCACAGAAUCUCCACCAACAAAUGAAAAAUACCUCGAACCUGAUCUUUAUGCCCAAAAUAAUGCCUUGAGUAGUGAAGAAGAUGAGUCCGAAGAAAUAAAAACUGCUGAUAAUAACAAUACAAACAUAGAUUACCUCCAAGUUGUAGAUUUAUCAGCCAAGAGUUGUAUAUUGUGUCAACUGAGCUUUUCAACAAGAACAAAACUAAAAAACCAUGUGUUGGAAGUUCAUAAUAUAAAGCAAACAAAACUGAGAAGAAAGAAAGUAGAAGUUAAUGCUAUAUUUGCUUGUACUGUUUGCAAAAAAAGUUUUACGAGAAAGUUUGAUAUGCAGAGACAUGUGUUAAAGAAGCAUCCUGAAACCUCAGUGGAACCAUCAAUCAGGUCCCAGAAUUCCGAAUUAUUGAAAAAAUGUAAAGUGAAUGACUCAGAGCUAAGUUACUAUGAAUGCGACGUCUGCCACACCAAAUACAAAUCAAGCUCGAGUUUCGUUCUACACUACAACAUUCACAUAAAUAACAAAUUACAUUGUUGUCACCUAUGCGGGAAGAACUUCCAAAGAGGCGCCCAUUUAAAACGGCACGUAGAUCGUCUACACUACGGUAUCCGAAGGUACUCUUGUGACUAUUGCGACCAGACUUUCACCAGCAAAACGACUAAGGAUGAACACCUAAAUACUCACACCAAUUCGAGACCUUAUAUGUGCGACACCUGUGGCAAGUCCUUUAGACAGUCAUCCUCGCUGUAUGUUCAUAAAAUGUUUCAUAAAGACAUCUUUCCAUUUUCAUGUAAUGUUUGUGAAAAAAAAUUUCGACGGAUGGGGGAACUGAAGAAGCACAAGUUCAUACAUACAGGGGAAAGGCAGUAUAGUUGUGAAGUUUGUAAGAGGCCGUUUCGUUUAAAACAGGAUUUAAAAAGGCACAUGAAGACACAUGCUGGUGGUAAGGCUGUAGCUGUUGCCGAAUGAAGGAACUGAUGGAAUUCUGAGCACGAGUAUAAUCAAAAAGUGAUUCUUUGUUUAGUUAUCGAGGAAUAUCCAUGUCUAGAGAGAGACAGACAUAUACUUUAUUGAUACUAUGGACAAAAAGGAUAUCAACCGAAGUCUUUUAGCCAAUUUACAAAAUUACUAGUAGUAUAAUGAAUAAAAUUGUUUUUUUUAAGAUUGUGUGUGUAUGUCUGCAGAGGUUUGGCUUCGAACUAAUUGUUCAGUAGUCACAGAUCAUAUUACAUAAUUAUAUAUUACUGUACCGGGUGUCCCAAUUAGAAUGGCUCUCGGCCAUAUCUCAGGAACCGUUUAUAGUAUAGCUUUGAGAAAAAAAUAUUUAUAACUAAAGUUGCCUCGGGAAAAGCCUGGAAAUUAUUUUCAUAAUUGUAGGUCCACCGCUAGAGGGCGUAAUUGAAUAUCAAAAAUUAAAAAAUCAAAAUUUUGCAAAAUUUACCUAAUGAAAGGGCACUGAAAAUCCAAUCAUCGUAUUCUUCAUAAAAUUCUGCGCAUAUUUGAUAUGACAUGUUUAAGUCUACCUUUGCAAAUAAGAGGUGGGAGUGAGUGGGAACCUUCUUAUGAAAAAAUGGCUGUAAGUCCGGUUCUGCUAAAUUGAAUUUUGCAAACUUGAUCUUGUUGAAAACAGCUCUUUUUCGUCAAUGUAAGUGUCUUAUUUUCGAAAUAGCCUAAUAAGUAAUAUGCUAGCUAGUAGGCGUUAUUUAAUUAUUUUCGGAAAUCUAGCUUUCUUUGGAGAAUAUUAAAUACAAGUAUGCAUUUUUAAUCCUGUAUUACAAAAUUAGACCAAAUUAGCAACAUGAUACCGGAAACGCAUGUCGAUACCUUUUUUCUAUCUCGAGAUAUCUUAAGAAACGUGUAAAUUUUAAACAACUGUUAAUGUCAUCGAUAAACGAUGUUAAGGAAAAGUAGUGUGCUAUGGAAAAAACAAAGAAACAUUUUCCAGAUGUAAACGUAUAUGAUUAAUUAAAACAACAAUAAGACAAACAAUACUACAAAAUAUAACAAAUAAAUAAAAGCAAUUACUUACUUAGUGACGACCUAAAUGUUCAAAUUGUUGCCCAUCAUUUACUCAUUCAAGAGUAGAUUGAACAGCAGUAUCAAUUUCUGCUUUCGCAAUGCUUUGAAUGGCGUUUCGUGUAUUCUCUAUUUUUUCUUUCUUUCAUAGCUUCUAGAUCAUGUUUUCUCGAGUAAUGGGCCUAGCGGCAAAAACAAGGUCUUUAAUCCGUCCCCAUAAAUAAAACUCUAAAACAGUUAAAUCUGUUGCUAUUCAAUCUACUCUUGAAAGAGUAAAUGCUUGAAUCGAAAAUGAUGGGCAACAAUUUGAACAUUUAGGCAGUCACUAAGACUAAAUAAGUAAAUAGUUGCUUUUAUUUCUUUGUUAUAUUUUAUAGUGUUGUUUGUCUUAUUGUUAUUUUAAUCAAUUAUAUACGUUUACAUCUGGAAAAUGUUUCUUUGUUUUUUCCAUAGCACACUACUUUUCCUUAACCUCGUUUACCUGUGACGGUAACAGUUAUGUUUAAAAUUUACAAAUUUCUUAAGAUAUCUCGAGAUAGAAAAAAGGUAUCGACAUGCGGUUUUCGGUAUUAUGUUGUUAAUUUGGUCUAAUUUUGUAAUGCAAGAUUAAAAAUGCAUACUUGUAUUUAACAUUUUCCAAAGAAAACUAGAUUUCUGAAAAUAAUUAAAUAACGCCUUCUAGCUUGCAUAUUACUUAUUAGGCUAUUUCGAAAAUAAGACCCUUACAUUGACGAAAAAGAGCUGUUUUCAACAAGACCAAGUAUGCAAAAUUCGAUUUAGAAGAACCGGACUUACAGCCAUUUUUUCAUAAGAAGGUUCCCACUCACUCCCACCUCUUAUUUGCAAAGGUAGACUUAAAACUUGUGAGAUCAAAUAUGCGCAGAAUUUUAUGGAGAAUGCGAUGAUUGGAUUUCCAGUGCCCUUUCAUUAGGUAAAUUUUGAUUUUUUAAUUUUUGAUAUUCAAUUACGCCCUCUAGCGGUGGACCUACAAUUAUGAAAAUAAUUUCCAGGCUUUUGCCGAGGCAACUUUUGUUAUAAAUAUUUUUUUCUCAAAGCUGUACUAUAAACGGUUCGUGAGAUAUGGCCAAGAGCCAUUGUUAUUGGGGCACCCGGUAUAUAAAAAGACUUAAUAAAAUAGAUAUGUAAUUUAUUAAUAAAUAACUAAAAACAGUG